GAGCUCAAAUUAUAGCAUUCUAACAGUACCAAAGAAUAGAAAUACCAAAUGGACAAAGGGAAAAACGUUGAGGUUACCAUGUUGGAAACAAAGGAUGAAGCUGACAAAGGGAAAGGUGUUACAUGGGCUGUUCCACUUUCUGCAGAUUCCACAAAGGCUUCCCCAAUCCAAAACCAAAGAUGGAGGAAAGGAGUUGCAAUCACAGAUUUCGUUCUGCGACUCGGUGCCAUAGGGGCUGCUCUGGGUAGCACUGUUACCAUGGGAACCAAUGAAGAACAGCUUCAAUUCUUCACACAGUUCCUCCAGUUUCAUGCUCAGUGGACUCAAUUUCCUAUGUUCCAGUUUUUUGUGAUUGCAAAUGGAGUAGUAAGUGGAUACGUGAUCCUUACUCUUCCCUUCUCAUAUGUCUGCAUUGUUCGCCCCCAUGCAGUAGCACCAAGGCUUCUACUUAUAACAUGUGACAUAGUGAUGAUGGGGCUAAUCACAAUUGCUGCUUCAUCUGCUGCUGCCAUUGUGUACGUUGGUCAUAACGGGAGUCAACAUGCUAAUUGGAUGGCUUUUUGCCAGGGAUUCACCAACUUCUGUCAAACUGCUAGUCAGGCUGUGGUGACUUCCUUUGUUGCUGUGGUUUUCUUCAUGUGUUUGGUCUCCCUCUCAUCUUUGGCUCUUAAAAGGAAUUGAUUUAGAAUGAACGAUGUUGCAUGGUGUUGUAUUAAGUUAAUAAUUUUAGUCAAAGUUGUUGCUUGUUGACCAUCAUUUAGAAAAAGUGGGUCUUGUUAAUAAGUACAAGUGUGUAAUUAAAAUGUUAUAUAUACAUGUAAUCUAAUUAAGGAGAAUUAAAUGUGUGUUUUUAUAUCA